UCCCAGGAAUUCAAAGCGACUAGGAAUCAGCCAGCUUGUCACAACAAGGACAUUUUGUGUUAAAGUCACGUCUUUGUCGCCGAAAAAAAGUCAAGAAAAUAUCGUUUGUUGUCAAAACAGGAAAAGUAUCGAGGAAUGCUGCAGCUACAGUCACUGCAUGCAGAUGUGAAGUCAAGACACCAGAGACCUCUGCCACCCUGCGCUGCCACCCUGGACUGAGUGACACCCUCUUCAUCCCCUUCAUCGUCAUCAUACAUGCUCUUAUAUGAAGAGAGGAGAGAAACCCGAAGGAUACAGACAAAUGAGACCCAAAACAUUCCCCACCAGCAACUACAGCGGCAACAGCCAGCAAAUGCUGCAGGAAAUUCGUAACAGCCUGCGUAACUUGUCCAAACCCUCGGACCCACCUAAAGCGGACAUUGGAGGAGCUGGAAAAAUGCCUCCUGAGGACCCAAGGCAACAGGGGCGCUGCAGAGACCCCAAACAACCCUACCACAAGGCCUUACAGGAGAUCCGCAAAUCACUGUUGCCUUUUGCCAAUGAGCCCAAUACUUCAGGCCCUGAGGUGAACAAACACAUGUCGCUGGAACCCCCCUUCGAUGAGAGCAACAGUCGCAGUAUGGGGGCAGUCAUAGACUACACGGGUAAGGUGAUCUACCAGGACCCCAUGAGGGAACAGAUGGCUGUUGCCAACCCCAACACUACAGGUCUAAAAGCCCCAGGAGCUCACAUCCAGCAGGCUGUGCUGAGGAGGCCGAGCUGGAAAGGCUCUAAGGAAUCUCUGGCUCCUCGACACGGUCCUCUUAUAGUUGAUGGAAUGAUGUACCGCUCAGACAGCCCUGGACCGCCUCCUGCCUUUCCACAGGGUCACCCUGCUAACAACCAGAGAGUUAACCCACCACUGCCGCCUCAGGUGCGCAGUGUCACACCUCCACCAAACCGCGGAGCCAUGCCUCCUGCAUCAUCCUGGGACAGCAACCCAUCAAGUAAGCGUUGCUCUGGCAACAUGGACUACCUGGGGUCCCGCAUAUCUCCCGUACCCCAGGGGGCUUGGCCUGAUGGCUACCAGUCGUCAGCACCUCAGAAUCAGCGUGGGAUCAGCCCAGUGCCCGUGGGCCACCAGCCCAUCAUAAUGCAGACCUCUGGGGGGAAUAAGUUCACCUUCCCUUCCGGCUGGUCUCAGAACGGCUCCCCUCAGCCAGACUACAUGGCGGGGGGCAGCAGACAGCCUCCUCCUCCGUACCCGGUUAACCAGAGCAGCCGGCACAGUCCCACUGACCAGCAGAUGCAGUCAGGAGGACCUGCAUCUUCUCCCUCUUACCUAAACGGUGGAAACAUCCCUCAGUCCAUGAUGGUUCCCAACCGGAACAGUCACAACCUCGACAUGUACAACAUAGGUCCUCCUCAGUCCUGGUCCCAGGCUCCUCUGAACCCCAGUCAGUCCCAGUCUUCCUCUGGCAACAGUAGCAACCAGGAUCUGUCCCCGUCAUGGCAGCACAACGUGCCGGGCCGCUCUAAUUCUUUUAACAACCACCAACUGAACAGCAGAGCACCUCACCAGUCCAGCUCCCAGCCCUCUGCCACCACUGUCACUGCCAUCACCCAGGCUCCCAUCCUGCAGCCAGUCAAAAGCAUGCGUGUCCAGAAACCUGAGUUACACACUGCAGUGGCUCCCACACACCCUCCAUGGAUGCAGCAGCCUCCGCUGCCUCCAGCUGCACCUGCUUACCCAGAACCCUCAGCCCCUGUGCCUCAGAUCCCUGUAGCAGAAGUCCCCAGCUACCAGGGCCCCCCUCCGCCCUAUCCCAAGCACCUCCUCCAGCAGCAGGCUGCACCCUGCCCCCCUGCUUACGAUCAAGGGGCAAACAAGCUUAGCACAGGCAGGGAGGAGCACGCUGAGAAGGAGAGCAGUGGUGGUGACAGCUCCAGAGACAAGACGACAGAAAGCUCCGAAAGCAGCACUGCAACAGAUGGGGAGAAGAUUCAAAUCACAACAUCGCCCGUUCCUGUCCGCCGCAACAAGAAAGAUGAAGAGCGGAAAGGGGAGUCUGGAAGAAUCGCACUGUACUCCCCACAGGCCUUCAAGUUCUUCAUGGAGCAACACGUGGAGAAUAUCCUAAAGAACCAUCAGCAGAGGAUUCGCAGGAGGAAGCAGCUGGAAAGUGAGAUGCAGAGGGUGGGUUUGUCCUCAGAGGCUCAGGAGCAGAUGCGUAUGAUGCUCUGCCAGAAGGAGUCCAACUACAUCCGGCUGAAGCGAGCCAAGAUGGAUAAGUCAAUGUUCAAACGAAUCAAGACCCUCGGCAUCGGAGCCUUCGGUGAAGUGUGCUUGGCCAGAAAAGAGGACACAGGAGCGCUCUACGCCAUGAAGACGCUCCGUAAAAAGGACGUGCUGCUGAGGAACCAGGUGGCCCACGUCAAGGCUGAAAGAGACAUCCUGGCUGAAGCUGACAACGAGUGGGUGGUGCGUCUCUACUACUCCUUCCAAGACAAGGACAACUUGUACUUUGUCAUGGAGUACAUCCCUGGAGGGGACAUGAUGAGCCUACUCAUCCGACUCGGCAUCUUUAAAGAAGAGCUCGCCCAGUUCUACAUUGCAGAGCUCACCUGCGCUGUGGAGAGCGUCCACAAGAUGGGAUUCAUCCACCGAGACAUCAAGCCUGAUAACAUCCUCAUAGACAGAGACGGACACAUAAAGCUGACCGACUUCGGCCUUUGCACCGGCUUCCGCUGGACACAUGACUCCAAGUAUUACCAGAGUGGUGACCAUGUAAGGCAGGACAGCAUGGACUUCAGUAAGGAAUGGGAAGACCAGGCCAACUGCCGCUGUAUAGACCGCCAGAAGCCUCUGGAGAGGAGAAAGGCCCGGCAGCACCAGCGCUGUUUGGCACAUUCACUGGUGGGAACGCCUAACUAUAUUGCACCAGAGGUGCUGCUCCGAACAGGAUACACCCAGCUCUGUGAUUGGUGGAGUGUCGGUGUCAUCUUGUAUGAGAUGGUUGUUGGACAGCCUCCCUUCUUAGCGACCACACCCCUGGAGACACAGAUGAAGGUGAUAAACUGGAAGAGCAUGCUACACAUUCCCCCGCUGGCCAAGCUCAGCCCAGAGGCAUCGGAUCUCAUCAUUAAACUGUGCCGCAGCCCCGAGGACCGCCUUGGCAAGAAUGGCGCAGACGAAAUCAAAGCUCAUCCUUUCUUCAGGACCAUCGACUUCUCCAGCGACCUACGGCAGCAGGUGGCGCCAUAUGUCCCCACCAUCGCUCACUCCACGGACACCUCCAACUUCGACCCUGUGGACCCGGAUAAACUGUGGAGCAGUGACAGCGAUGGCGAAGACAACGUCAAUGAUACCCUCAACAGCUGGUUCCGCAAUGGCAAACACCCCGAACAUGCCUUCUACGAGUUCACCUUCCGUCGCUUCUUUGACGACAACGGCCACCCGUACAGCUGCCCCAAACCCAUUGAGUAUGAGGGUUACAACGGAGACGAGGCGGACUCAGAGGGCCCGGUGCAGGAGGCAGCUGGUAGCUCAGCGACUCAGGGCCGAGACCUGGUCUACGUUUAGCACCUGAGGCUAGUUGAGCUGCUUGUAAAUAACGAGGUUUUGGAGGUUGCUUGUGUGUGUGAGAAGGGGAAUGCAACGGUAAAGCAUUUAAAUCCUUGAACAUAGGAUAGUAUGUUUGUAGGAGCAGUCAGAACACGGUCACAUUAACAGACUUUGAUAUCGAAACUCUAAGAGCCUGUUUACACCUGGUAUCAAUCUGCGUAUCCGGUGAUCAGAACACAAGUGGACAGCUGAGACACAUCCUCGUUCACAUGGGUGGCUAUUGUGCGUCUCCAGUUGACCACUUGUGUUCAGAUUCCACUACUACCUAUGUCACUUAUGCUUGAAGGUCAUGUGGCCUCGCAAACAGUUUUUACGUCCACACUGUCACUAGCUGCUCAUUAGUUAUGUUAGCAGUUGUAACCGUACAGCUGGAGAUUGCUGUCGGCAGAAUUCAAUACGUCUCCAUCCGUAGGGCAAAACGAUGGACAUUCAAAAGUCCACCUUUGUCCAACUCAUCUUAAAAUGAGCUUGUGUGUGCAUGCAGGUUUUUUUAGACAUGAGUAAACUCACUAAAAUAGGCGUUAUUGCCAGUAGACAAGAGCUGUGUACAAGUACAAGAUUCUGCAGCAGACAAGUAUGCCUCUGUGUGUGUGUGUUUUUUGAUGUCACAGACAGGUGGGAGAACAGGAAUACAAUAGAAAGCAGCAUGGACAGAGGUUUGUGAAAACUUCACGGUUUACUUAAAUAUCCAUACUUCAACCAGUCUCUGUUUCAAACUCAGUGCAGACUAAUUUGGAUGGACGUUUCGGUGGAGCUUAGGAAAAGAUGGGGGUAAUUAUUGAAGGCCCACCAUUACAUUUUGACAGUUCAGGGGCUAGAAGGAGUGCAUUCACCCCGGUGUUGUGUUUCCAUCACUGCCUGAGAUGAUAAAUACCCAUGUGUACUGUAGAGUCAUUUGACCCGGGUGUGAAUGCUGAUUGUACACUUUCCAUUGCAUUAAAAAGACAGACGUUUGCAGGUGUUAGCAAGUUUCUUGUGUUGUGGAACGGAGGCUUUAUAGAACUUUAGUGCCUUAUCACCAAAGCAACCACGACGUCCUGCACUUAUCACAGUCCUUGCAGGGGCGCAUCAGGAUGCAUUUGCUUUUAAGGUUCAUUUAUGUUUGAUGCUAGAUGCGUAUCUGGACAUGGAUAAUGAUUGAUUUAACAGAUUUUUAUUUCAAACAUUUAAAACAAACAAAACUCAGUGAAUACAUUUUAAUAAACAACAAAAAUUAAAUCUUACCCUUUGAAAAGGAAUAGGUUGAAGUAUAAGCUCACUAUGUCCUACCUCUGUUCAAGCAAAUACAACUGUAGGAGACGCCGAAGACAUUUCUAAAACUUGCGAAACGGUACAAAUCCCUAAUAUAUUGAAAAUAAUUCAAUGGCCUUACACACCCUCGCCUUCUUCAAGGCUGCCUCCUUAAAAGCUACAUUAAUAUGAUUGCCUGAAGCUCCUGACUUUGCCCUCUAGUCCCAUCUAGUUGCUGUAGCUAUCAAAAAGGACACAUGGAAUUAUAAAAGCAGUAAAAUUUAUGUUAUUUGAAACCGAUGCAUCUAUUUUUGUGCGUAAAGGGAGUAUCAGUGAGUCCAUUCACAACUUGUGUGUGUUCAAAUGUGUCCCAGACCUCCUCUGCAAGUGGUUUCAGUCACUGAUUCAUAAUUGCGUCUUCGUUGCCGGUAACACUUAUUAAUAUCAGAUGUAAACAGGCUCUAAGUUCACACUACAAAUUAAAGGAAUAGUUUUGCAUUUUGGGAAAACAUGUUUGUUCGUUGUCUUGCCAUGUGUUAGAUCAGUACCACCUUCAUGUUUGUACGAUAAAUAUGAAGCCACAGUGAGCAGUGAAAGGAUCUGGUAGGGAGAUUUUUGCACAGCUGGAUCAUAUAAACCAGACAGACGUGAUGGUGGUUUCAAUCUGCUCAUCCAACUCUCAGUGAGACAGCAAAUAAGCAAGUUUUUCCCAAAAUGUUGCUUUUAACGUAUGAAAGGUACGCUGUACGAUGUUUGUUGCCUGAAGAACAGGAAGCAGAAUAAAAUCAGGGUGCUCUCUUAUCGCAAACUCCCCUUAAAGCCUUAAUUUAUUUAAGAAACUUGUAACUGGUGAAGCUAGUGUAGAUGCUGUUUGAGUGUGGGAAUUUUCGUUGUUGGAAUUACAUUUAUCGGUUAAAAAGAAAAUCGUCUUAAUUUAUAUUUUAAUGUCUGUUGCAAUGGGGAUUUAGUGUUGUGACUCGUAGAAAUUUGCAGGGAUAAAUUGCUCUAAUUAUUCAUUGCUGUGCCUUUUUGAUUUUUUUUUAAUCUUUCACCAAAUAUAAAGAGGGUUAAUAAUCAGACUGGCAUUUAAAAAAAUAAGAGUAGCAGUAGCUGAUUGAACUACAGUAGGUUUUUGUUUUAUUUUUCUAAUUUAUAAUUAAAAUGUAUUUAUAAAUUAAGUUGUAUACAGUUGAUGUAAAUACUUUUCUUCUCCCUGUCAGCUGAUUUUUGUUUUCUUAGGGCAGGCCCUCGUCAGUGUCCACUACUGCUGCCGUCUUUAAAUAUGUUGUCUCUCUUUCACCCAAAAACCUAAAAACACUAAUUCAAAGGACCUUGAAUAGAUUUUUUCUUCUUCGCCAUUCAGACUUUAUGCUUGUCUCUCAACCAAAGCACUAAAUAGAUGGGUUUUAACUUUUUGUGUUUUAUUUUUUGCAAUAACCCACAUGUAAAAAAAUAAUGUACACAAGAAUUUAAAAUUAGUUUUUGUGGCGUUAUGACACUAUCAACCAGACAUGACUUGUCUUAAGGCACCUAACCACUUCAUCUUGUAGUACUCUACAUUGUGGAGGAUCUGGGAGACACCUUAAAGCUUAAAACUCAGUUCCUUAAAAGUUAAUGUUAUUUCCUGACUUUGAGAAUCACUACAGCUGACUUUUAUGAUGUUGAAUUUAUUGUGUUUCUGUGCUGAUUUGAGAAAAAAAAGAAAAACUGGAUUGAUGGACUGACUGUGAGAGAGCUGCUCUCCAUCACAUAUCACAAUGAUUUUGUAACCCGCUGUACUUUGUGUUUAGCAAAAGAUCUCUGAAUGUAGUUAUGGACUUCAUGGUGACCACUGGCAUUCUGCACUGGUUUUGUGUUUUCAUUGUAAGUGAGAGAAUUUUAUUUUUGUGUACAUUGUUGCUCUAGCAGGUUGGGUACAGGGAAGAGGGUGUAAAAUAAAGAAUGUAAAGAACAAAA